AUGUCAGCAGCAGCAAUUGGAAUCGAUCUUGGCAGUCACAACGUUGUCAUCUCCAUCGUCAAAGGUGGCGGUGUAGAAAUCCUCACAAACGAUUUAUCAAAUCGUUCCACUCCUGCAGUUGUAGGCUUUGGCGAUAAUCAAAGGUUCAUUGGGGAGUCAGGACUCAGCAAGCUUAUGACAAACUUUCGCAACACAGUCCUCUUUCCUACCCGUUUUUUAGGGUUAAACUCGUCCUGUCAAAAUCUUCAUAAUGAAUCCAAAUGGCUUACAAAUAAACUAGUCACUUUGGAAGAAGGAAAAAUCGCCCACGAAGUGAGAUAUUUAGGUGAAAACAUGACUUUUACAAGUGAAAGAGUGGUCGCUAUGCUCCUCUCAGGAAUGAAAUCUCUGUGCCAAAGGGCGGGGCUUAAUGCUAAUGAUGUAGUCAUUUCAGUCCCUUGCUACUUUACAGAAACUGAAAGGCGGGCUUUACUCGAUGCUGUUUCUAUAUCUGGCUUGACUUGUGCAAAAAUUAUGAAUGACAACACCGCUUCAGCACUCAGCUACGGGCUAUUUCGUAGCUCAGAGUUCACAGAAGAACCAAGAACUGUAGCACUAACAGAUAUGGGGCAUUCAAAGUUUACAGUCUCAAUUGUACAAUUUACCAAGGACAAGCUUCAGGUCCUUGCACAUAUAUCUGAUAAAAAUCUUGGUGGGAGAGAUUUUGACUGGAAAAUCAUGGAAUUCUUUGCCAAUGGGUUCGAAAAAAAGCACGGUAUCAAUCUUUUAAAUAAUCAGAAGGCAAAGUGUAAAAUAGCUGUUGCAGUAGAAAAGCUAACUCCCACCCUUCAAUGAAAAAAAAAUUUGUUUCGCCCACUGAGGGGUUAAUUGUUUUUUAAAAAUUUAAAAAAAUCAAUUCAAAUAUUAAGUUAAUUGUAAAAUUUAUGUUCUAAAUACAAGCUGUCCACAAUAAAAAAGAAUUUGCUAGAGAUUUCGUUUAAUAAUUAUCACUUAUAUUCAAAAUAUUUUUUCAUAAAAAAUUUUUAUAUUAAAAUUAUUUUUUCAUUCACAGAAAUAGUUUUUUACCCAAAAAUAAAAUUUUUUCAAAUGGUUUUAUUCGCUCACAGAGGGGGAGUCAGGAAAAUGCUAUCAGCAGGGCCUGAAGCUGUGCUGAACUUGGAAUACAUUGCUGAGGAUUUGGACCUUAAUGGAAUCAUGAAGAGAGAAGAGUUCGAAAGUUUGGUUGAAGAAUACUUGCAAAGAAUUGAAAAUCUCUGUAGGCAAGCUUUGGAAAAAGCUGGAGUGGCAAAUGUGCAUUCAGUGGAAAUAUUAGGAGGAGGAACCAGAAUGCCAUGUGUGCAAAGAGCGAUUGCUAAAGCCUUCAAUGUUGAGUCAGUGAGCAAGACCUUAAACCCAGAAGAAGCCAUUGCAAGAGGCUGCGCUGUCCAAUCUGCGAUGCUUUCUCCUCUCUUUAAAGUCAAAGAAUUCUCGAUCCAAGACAUUGUCACAGUCCCAAUCAGUAUAAAAACUACCUCUAUUGAUAUGGAAGUCGAAGUAGAGCCACAACUGCUUUUCCCAGAGAAAAACGUGUUCCCUACAACUAAAAUAUUAAAACUGCAAAAGAACCAACCGUUCAAAAUGAGCCUCUUUUAUUCCCAGCCUCCGCUUGAAGGCCUUGGUUGCGACGUAGCUGAAUUUGGCAUCCUUUGCCCCAGCGGCAGCGAAAAAGAUAUAAAAGUCUAUAUCAAAAUGAAUGGGCAUGGGGUCAUCAAUCUGGAAAAGGCAGAAUUAAUUGAAGAAAUCGUUGAAGAAGAAAAGAAAGCAGAAAAUUCAGAAGAAAAUAAAGAAGAGGCAAAGAAAAAGAAGUACAAAAGGACUGAGCUCCAAGUCACAAGAUUUUUAAAAGGACUUCAAGCGGAAGAGCUGAAAACUUAUAUAAGUGAGGAGCAAAGGAUGGCAGGUGAAGAUAGGAUUGCUCAAGAGACUUCUGAGAAAAGAAAUGAAGUGGAGGCUUAUGUAUAUGAAGCAAGGUCAAAAUUGAGCUCUUCACUCAGGGACUAUGUGACCCCAGACCAGUUGCAGCCGAUCUUAUCAUUUUUAGAAGAAACUGAAAGCUGGGUGUACUUUUACUUAUAAUCUUAAAUUACAGCAGAGGGGAGCUGUAUUGGCUAAGCAGUCAGCAAGAACCUCCAAGGAGUUUUAUCCGAUUUGUCACGCCCACACGUCGGUAUGAUUAAUUGAAGUGAUAAUUCACUGGGCUGAGAGUUCUGACACAUGCAGAAACGAGUGUAAACAAGGUUGUCUCCACCUUGAUUAGUAGGUCCAACAUUGAGUUGACGGACUAUGGACUUCUGCGACCCUGCAUCGGAAGCCUUGUGAGGAGAUUGAUCCAAGAAAAGCCUAGAGUCUAAUGGGUGCCCUGUGCCAGCCCUCAGUAUUUCAGGAAAAGAUUCAUCCUCUGUAGCCCAUUGGCUUUGCCGAUGAGGUCAUCCUUCGGCUCCCGAAGGACAUUGCCAGAUUACCUCUUCCAACAUAGAAAUUAAGCCAAAACCUAACCGAUAUGCAAGCCCUUAUACACUGUUUCUUAAUUGGCUUGGCUUCUCGCUCAAUUCCCAUGGCCAUGAGGUUGAGAAAAUUGCAUUAAGAGGUCAGACGCGCUAGGUACCAUUUUUAUAUAUCAAAGCUGGGUGUACAAUGAAGGGUCAAGUGCUACAAAAAACUUGUAUCUUGAUAGACUUGAAAAACUGAAAGAACGCAUAGAGCCUAUUAUAAGAAGAUAUAAUAUGUAUAGCUCGUAUCCUCAGCUAACAGCUGACCUCCAAGAAGCCUUGCAGUGGAGCAAAGAACAAGCGCAGUCAACUUCUGAGUUCCAUUCACAUAUCCCUCAGGAGGAAAGAGAACGGAUCCUUGUGAAACAUGCAGAAAUCACCAACUGGCUGCAAGCAGCACUCACACAGAUUGCAGGCUAUUUGAAAUAUCAAGACCCUGAAAUUUCUACUGAAGAGUUUGUGAAAAGAACUAUUCAGAUCCGAGAAAUCACUGCACAAAUUAUGAAUAAGCCCAAGCCAGCACCUCCAAAGAAAGAUGAGCCAAAGCCAGCUGAUGAAAAAGAAGUCAAAGCAGAUGAAGAAGUCAAGACUUCAGAAGACAUGGAACUAGAUUAUAUCGUUUUUAUAUUAAUUAAUCAGUGUUUAAAGCUGUAUCUUCUUCAGUGGAGUGAUUUAGGCAUGCAGACAGACCCUUGUAGCUCAGAACCAGUGACAUAGCAAAGAUUCCUAUGCUAACAUUUUAUCUGUGGAGGCAACGUGAAACUUCAACUGCCGACUGAAACCUCACGACGUGCUGCCUCGCUUGUAACUUGGCUCCUGAGUGUGAUUUAUCAGAGUCUUCUUCCUCAGAUGUUUCUAGCAUGAAAUCCUAUGCACACUAAGCUCAAUAUCCGCGCUCCAGCCUCGCUGAUCUAGCUGAGUUAAUGUGCACAGGAAGCAGAGCCCCAUAAUAAAAUUGUCAAAGAAGGAAAGUUCUCAGAGAGCAUAUUCCGACGAUGUUAUUUUAUUAUUUUGCUAGAUUGA